AUGAACGCUCCAUUCCCAGGAGCGCUUCCCUGGAGUCCAGGGAUGAAUGACUGUACCCAUUGUCCGCACUGUGUUUACCUCAGCGGCAUGCUUUCGUACAGUGGGAGCAACGAGAACUGA